GUGUAGCGGACUGCGACUGCAUCAAGAGUGGGGCUGCUCUGGUGUAUUUCCACAAGUUCUUGCGUUAAAAGUAGGCAGAAGGCUUCGAAAGAGGGGCGAAGACUGAAUUUGAAAAAGGGCGUUCUGUUUUCUGUUCGGGUGACGGGCUUGCGGAAUCAUACCAAGGCACACCUCCCCACCCCACCAGGAAAGUGGCUGUGCGGUUCUCGUGCCUCUUUCUUAUCCUUGAGUGAUCCAUUUUCUACAACAAUAACAAGGUGCUCCCAAUCUUCGCCCCGUGCGUCAGUGGCGGCACCUCGGUGCUGGCUGUGUUAAAUUAAUAGACGCACACUGAGGCGCGGUUUUGCGUUGUAUUAACUGGACAUACGGCUAUAGCGCAGAUUCCUGUCCUCGUGUACUACUUUGUCAAUAUUUUUUCUAUCCAAAUGUAACCACUUAUACUAAAGGCAAUUGCCAUACCAGAUAAGUAUGACAGUUAAGGGGCUGUGUACACGCACUCCAGAGAGACGACUAAAGGGAGGCACUCAGUUACUUACCAGCCAUAGAAGGAUUACUAAGUGGCUGGCGCACCGCUUCUGUUUCCUCUCGCAACGAUCUAAGCAUACACGGCCAAGGCGAGCGCAGAGAGGAUUGAUUUAGGAUCGUGGCUAAGUUUGUUACACUUUUUCCGGGGUACUCCACCGCACAAGACGGAGCAUCCGAGAGGUGAAGCAACUUCGGAAAAUGACCAUGACGGGCGAUUUGUCAAUACUCUUUGUCUCGGCUGAAUAGGGUGGGUCGUCGGUCUACCGGGACACUGAGUAUGGGUCCCCAAGUCAGGCGCCAUGCUACCCAUUAGGGAGUUGUGCCGCCGGAGGAGAUGGCGCAUCCUUAGUAUCUGUUGUCUUGAUUAAGCUGUGCAAAAAGCAAUGUCAUUAUUAUGUCCACGCCCAUUGUCGCUGUCGAUCAAAAGUGCCUAACUUCAUAGGUUUUAUUCUGUUCGCCAAAUAGCGACGAGGUUCGUGGCUAUCGAGGAGACAAAAACGAAGAUCAAAGGCUAGCGGUGAGGCCUUCAAUUGCAGAAGCGUCUGUUUUCCAACUGCAGGAAACGCAGCAUCCCGCCGAUGGCCUUGUGUGGUCGUUAGGGAUGCGUCGACGAUGUGGUCUGGAAUUCAGUGUCCUCCCAGUUAAUUCUUGUGAAGUCGUUGCACAUUGCGAGGACCUGAUCAGACCGGAGUCCCUGCUCCUUUUGCUCCUUCUUAGAGUGCCUCCCAGCUAUGGGGAACAAGGCGAAGUCCUCGAAAACUAACGCCAAAAGAUUUUUCAUGUAGGGAUGAAAGCGCACUGCUCGACAACUAAUUACAAACGAUUUUUUUUUAGUGCCGCGAUUUGGCCACAUUGCCAAAACGAAUAGCAAGCAGGGGGCGUCUCUUUGACUUCGUGGUGGGGCGGGUUAUUACUUCUACACAUCUACCUGGAGGGGUAAGACUUCUACACAUCUAUCUUUCUUGGGGGGUUAGCCUUCUACAAAUUCUAACUCUUCUUGUGGGGCUUUGCUUCUGCGAAAUCAUCUCCAGGGGAGGCCGUACUUCUGCACAUCCAGCAGUAGUUUUCUCUUAUGUUGAUCUGUUCGACUAAGAUCCUUCUGAGUUUUGCUGACCUUAAUAUUAGGACUCUAGCGCGCCUUGCUAUAAUCGUAGAACUAACUCACUUGCGCCGUCUAUGUGCUUUAUCGUCUUGCCACUGAACCAGCGUUGCUUCUAAUAUAGAUAGCGCCACUAAGUUCGCUGCGGAUGCAUGCUGCUUAGGGCGUGCUGUCGUACUAAUGCGCCCGCUGUGUGAGUGAUUUGAGGUAUAGCGGCCUCAGCGGCUAGUCUAUCAAAGGAGGUAAAGGGAGUAACAGAAGGAGAGACCAUCCUCAAGCCCAAGAAGAAUUGUAGAGCGAUGUAGAAGUAGAAGAAGCAAUAAGUAAAAAGGAGAAUAGCAGAAGUUUUUACUCGUAUUCUUAAGAUCUCCGCACCAUGGCCAUGUCCGCUCCAAGGGAAAAGCGUUCCUAUGAACUGGAAGUGAGUAGAGUAAUAUCUUCAGGGCUUUCGAAGUAACCGGAUACCUUUUUAUCUACAUGCGUAGAGCUAGGGGCAGAAGUAGACAGAGAGUAGUAUCCCACGACUUUCGAAACGAUAGAGGAUGCUUGCAUCUACUUAGGGUACAUAUUAUAUGGAGAACUGGGGGAGGUAGAGUAAUAUCUUCGUUAGUGAUUCCGAGUGUCCACCUGGUAGAUAGAGUACUACCAGAAGAGCUAGGACUAAUAUCUUCAGUAAUGGCCUCGAAAUCACAGGACGCCUCGAAAGACAUGAUAUGUGGAAGCGCUUCAUCACGUUACUCUUGCUUGCUAUUUUUGAAUUCAUGUGCCACGAAUGUGAUAUAAUUAAACACGCGCUUGCCACUGGUGUUGACGCCGCCGAAAUAAGAG